GCCAGAAGACCCUUCACCACAAGAGUGACGUCCUAGAGACCGUGGUCCUAGUUAACCCUGCUGAAGACACAGUCGCCUCUGAGGUUCACUCACUCGUGACAGACCCAUCCCGCCACAAGCUCUUGGUACUCUGCGGACAAACCUCCGACCAAGGAGGAGACCUCAUCCUGCAAACCGGAACCUACUCCUUUCAAAGAUUCAUUGAGACUUUCGCAGACUCAGAGGUUACAGAAAUACUGAGCAGUACUGACCUCGACACAAAGGCCUGCAUAACCAUCUGCCACUCUGGAGACGGAGACUGGAGCGAGCUCGAACAGCAUAACCUGCAGGGUUUCAUCCACAUCAAAGUGAACCCUGCUCCCAUGCUGCCAGAGAUGGACGGCGUCUCGGAGUUCACGGAAUACCUCACGGAAUCGGUGGAGGUUCCCUCGCCCUUUGACCUACUGGAGCCUCCGACCUCCGGGGGCUUCCUCAAGUUGUCCAAACCUUGCUGCUACAUCUUCCCCGGGGGCAGGGGCGACUCGGCGCUUUUUGCCGUGAAUGGCUUCAACAUCCUCGUGGACGGGGGCUCCGACAGGAAGUCUUGCUUCUGGAAGUUGGUCCGUCACUUGGACAGGAUUGACUCCAUACUGCUGACGCACAUAGGCGCUGACAAUUUACCCGGCAUUAAUGGACUGCUCCAGAGAAAGAUUGCAGAGCAGGAUGAGGAACAAUCACAGGGAUCCACCACGUACAGUGACUGGAUCAAGAACCUUAUCUCUCCUGAGUUGGGAGUGGUAUUUUUCAAUGUGCCUGACAAAUUAAAGAUGCAUGAAUCCUCUAUGAAGGUUAAAAGGAGCAUUGAAGAAGCUUGUCUAACAUUACAGUACUUAACCAAACUGGGUAUCAAGCCAGAACCUCUCAACAGGGUUGUGGGUGCCACAAUUGACCCCAUCCCAUUGUUCCACAAGAUGGGAGUUGGAAGGCUAGAUAUGUACAUUCUUAACCCAGUGAAAGACAGCAAGGAAAUGCAGUUCCUGAUGCAGAAGUGGGCGGGCAACAGCAAGGCCAAAACCGGCAUCGUCCUACCAAAUGGCAAGGAAGGGGAGAUUUCAGUCCCUUACCUCACAUCCAUCACAGCUCUAGUUGUGUGGCACCCCGCCAACCCAACAGAGAAGAUAGUUCGCGUCUUGUUCCCCGGCAACGCCCCCCAGAACAAAAUCUUGGAAGGGCUGGAGAAACUGAAACACUUGGACUUCCUCAAAUACCCGGUCGCCACGCAGAAGGACCUUUCGGCUGGCCUGGCGACGCCCGUCGUGAAGCAGACCAAGAUGAGGCAAAGGACAGACAGCAAAGAGAGCCUCAAAUCUUCACCCAAGCCUUCACUGGCCAGGGCAGCAAAGAAGGAGGAACCAGCCGAGGAGACCCCUCUGAAACAGCUCGACGUUAAGACGGAGGAAGUGAAGGAAGACAAGCCAGAAAAGAAAGAGGAGAAGAAGGCAAAAUCUGACGUGGAAAAGGCAGCAACAGACACGAUCAAAACAGAAAAGAAAAAGUUGGUCAAGGAGAAGACCAUCAAAAAACACACCAAAGACAAACUGGCCAAAUCGGAAGAAAAGAAGGACAAAGAGAAAAAGGAGAUCAAAAAGGAGAGGAGGGAGGUGAAGAAGGAAGAUGCAAAAAGGGAAGAGAAGAAGGAGGUUAAGAAAGAAGAGAAAAAGAAAGAAAAAGAGGCCAAGAAGGAAUCUAAGAAAUCCAUCAAAGCUGACUUAAAGCCUUUCACACCCGAGGUGAGGAAAACCUUACACAAGGUCAAAGGGCCAGGCAAGAAAAUCGACUCCAGUAAAACAAAAGCAGCAAAAGAUUCCAUCGUGGAGCAAAAGAGUGAGCCCACGGCCCCUGACACCCUGAGGACUGAGCAAGCAGCCACCCAUUUACAGGAGGAGAGAUCCAUCAUGUCGUCACCAGAGGAUCUGACCAAGGAUUUCGAGCAGUUGAGAAACGAAGAGGCAGCGAUGGUGGAGGUUGUCUCCGAGGAGCCAAGCAAAGGCCCUGUCCCUGUGGAAGGUACAACUCCUUUGGAAGUGGAGACCCUUCCUGAUAUGUUAGUGCCUAGCCCUCAGCAGGACAUGAUCAUAACACCAGCCAUUACUGACACAAAGGUCCCUCUGGUAUCUCCGGAUGAAGGGAUCAACACGACUGAUGUAGAGGGAGAAUCACCGCGUGACGAGCAGGUCAUUGGCCGACCUGAACCAAUGACCGUGGAGAGGUUUGAAGAUGAAGGUGCGGGGAUGGAAGAAUCAUUGGAAAUGAGUGAAUUGGAAGAGAAGGUAGUGAGGACAGAGAAGGACAAAGAGAGUUUUGUUAAGGAUGGUCUAGAAGAUCAAUUUGAUAAAGAGAAAGAUCUCUUUGUGAAGGAACAAGCCAAAACACCAGAAAAACCAGAAAGAGAGGUUGGAAGGAAGGAUGAAAUGGAGGAAAUGGAAAAGUGUGAAAGAUACAUUGAAGCACUGGGAGCAAAGGAGCAGGUGGAAGAGAGUGAGGGAGAAGAGGUGGUGGAGAAAGCAGAGCUGGAAGAAACUGUAGAAGGUCUAGAAGAAGACAAGAAGGUAAAAAUCAAAGAGAAAGUAGGAGCGCUUGAUGAUGACCUUAAAAUGAAACUUCAAGUCAGUGACAAACCACUCCAGGAUAUUACUGAAGGGGAGAAGCCUCCAACAGAGAAAAAAGAAAUUUCAACCCCAGGAGACAAAGGGGCUGGGGCUAAGGAAGAGCCCCCUGCAGCAGCCCACCCUGCUCCAGCAGGGGUAAUGGCCGAAGCAAUCUCAUACAUUCAGGACGAGACUAUCCCGGGCUACUCGGAGACUGAGCAAACCAUUUCUGACGAGGAAAUCCAUGACGAGCAGGAAGAUCAGAUGUCACACCUAAAGUAUGAAGCCGACACUUAUGAUAUCUCCGUGCCGGAUGACACAAAGUCAUUCGACGCGGUCCACGGGAUGAAGGAGAUGAAGGCUCUGUCGACGGCUGAUAUUGGCGUCAAGGGUUUUACCAGAGAGGAGCCUGUCGUCGUUGUGUACCCCUCGGAGAUUGUUGCUGCCCCGCUUGCUGAGGAGGAGCACAUCUCCUCUGCAGCUUCCAUCACCGAGUGUGACAAACUUUCCUCCUUCGCUACCUCGGUAGCGGAGGACCAGUCAAUGACCUCCGUAACUGCGCCCCAGACUGAGGAGACAGCAAAGAGCUCGCUGCUAUUGGACACCGUCAACAGCAUGGCCUCCUCUAGGACUGAAGCCACACAAGGCAGGGAUUAUGUCCCAUCCGCGGGCACGAUAUCCCCCACCUCCUCUCUGGAGGAGGACAAAUACUUUAAAUCUCCACCUUCGGAAGAUUUCCAUCCUGUGGCUGAAGUUGUUAAGACAGGUGAGGAGGAGUAUGAAGACCAGACACCAAAUGUAGAAGUCCCAACAAAACUAAGCGACCAAUACGCAGCAAUGUUUCCAGAAAAGAGCGCGCCCGCUCCCUACCUACUGGGUGAAUAUAUCACUGACAGCCAAAGCGCUGACUUCCAAAGCACUGAACAGAAACAUAAGCCUGCCUUGCAUUUUGAUGCAGAUUUGCCUGAAAGCGAUGACAAAUGCAUCAGCCCAGACGAUAGCACGGUGAAAAUGGCCUCACCGACUCAGUCAGGGCCAACUAGUGCUGGGCACACACCGUUCCAUCAGUCACCGGUUGAAGAAAGGACAGACUCUGUUGAGGCAGAACUCCUUGAACAGGUUCCAGACCAAACCACUUUUCACCCUGAGAAACCAGCACUCGGUGAAGACACAAUACUACCUAGUUCACAGCAGAGCCCUCUUAGCGACCUGCCAAUGAAACCGGAGCUAUUCAGAGAACAUUUCCUGCCUUAUUCACCCAUUGUCCUGGACUCUGAUGCCUACGAGCCUGAGCUGACUUCAAAAGAGAAAAUGCUUCAUGAGCAGGAACUGCGAGCGACAGAAAAAAUGGAGAAAGACGCACACGAGACUGAACAUGCGCCGACUGAGAAACUGGAGAGGGAUGUUCAAGAGAAGAAACCUACCCCGGACAAAGUGACAGAAGCAAAAAUCGAACCUGCAGAUACCCGAAUACACGAGGAAGAGUUCAGAGAGAAAAAAGUAGAUGUUGCAAAAGUUGCGGAGGACAAACCUGCCAUUGGAGAACAGGCAGCAACAGGAAUCCCAGAGCCCAAACCACCAGAUGCUAAAACAAUAGCAUCAGCAAUUCAGGAGCACAGACCUGAAGUAAUUGAAAAACUGGAUAAUAAAGACUUGGAGAAAAAAUCUCCUGAUACUGAAAAAGCGACGAUAGAAGUUGCAGAAAAGCAACUUGCAGAUUCCGAUAUCAAGGAUAGAUUGGAGCCAGAAAAAUCCCUUAUCGACACUGGCAAAGUAGAAAGAGAGGAGUUAGAGAAGAAAAUUGAAGAUCUUGGAAAAGAGGAUAAAGAAGGUUUGGAAAAGAAACCUGGAGAUUUUGGAAUAACGGAAAAAGAGGAUGUGAAAAAGAAACUUGUAGAUGUUGGAAUAAUAGAAAAAGAGGAUACGGAAGAGAAACUUGGAGAUGUUGGAAAAGUAGAAAAAGAGGAAAAGAAACUUGUAGAUGUUGGAAAAAUAGAGAAAGAGGAUACGGAAGAGAAACUUGAUGUUGGGAAAAUAGAAAAAGAGCAUGCAGAAAAGAAACUUGAGGAUGUGGGAAAAGUAGAAAGAGAAGAUGUGGAAAAGAAAAUUGGAGAUGUUGAAAUAAUGGGAAAAGAGGAUUUGGAAAAGAAACCUGAAGAUGUUACAAAGGUAGAAAAAGAAGACUUGGGAAAAAAAAUUGGAGAUGUUAAAAAAUUAGAAAAACAGGAUGCUGAAAAGAAAAUUGAUGUUGACAAAGUAGAAAGAGAGGACAUGGAAAAGAAACCUGGAGAUGAUAAGAUGGAAAAAGAAGAUUUGGCAAAAACAGCAAUAGAUUUGGAAAAGAAAAUUGGGGAUGUUGGAAAACUGGGAAAAGAGGAUAUGGAAGAGAAAUCUGAAGAUGUUGGAAAAGUAGAAAAAGAGAUUUUGGAAAAGAAAAUUGGAGAUGUUGGAAAACUGGAAAUAGGAGACUCAGCAAAAGAGCCAUUAGAUUUGGAAAAUAAACUUGGAGAUGUGGGAAAAGUCAAAAAAGAGGAUAUGGAAAAGAAACUUGGAGAUAUUGGAAUAAUGGGAAAAGAUGUGGAAAAGAAACCGGAGGAUUUUGGAAAGAUGGAAAAAGUUGAAGCUGAGACAAAAAUGAUCGAAGCUGAACCAGUGACCAGAGAGGAAACCCAACAACAGGCACCAUCCAUUGAAAAGGUGUGGGCAGAGGGUGUGGUGCAGAAGGUGGAAAAGGAGGACUUUGCAAAGAAAUCUGAUGAUGUUGAGAAGAUGGAUAAGGAGACACCAGAGAAGCAAACUCCAGAUGCCAAGAAGGGGGAAAAGGAGAUUGAGAAAACCAAAGUUAUGGAGGAAGAUGAUCUGGGCGAGGAUGUGUUAGUGAGUGAACUUAUGGCAUCUACAAAACCCGCACCAGACCAGGCACCUGCAGAGGUUGCGAAAAUGGAAAAAUGUGUACAGGAAAAGGAAGACUUGAUGGAAAAAGUGGGUAAAGACAUCCCACAGGAGGAAGUCAAACCUGUGAAAGAACAAUCAACAACAAAAAAAUUUCUCACUGAUAUCCCAGAGAAGGAACCUGCAACAAAAGCUGAUGAGCAACCAGACAGUUUCAAGUUUGAAUAUUCUCCAAUUGAUGGACCAGAAAGCUCCGUGAUUGAGCCACCAGGUGUACAAAAGGAUAAAGCAGAACUACUGUGUGAGACAAUCUGUUCAUCAGAAGAUGAAGAUCUACCUGUGAUUACAGAAAGCAAGACCAUACUUGCAGCUCAACUACCACCAACCACAGAAAAGGCACCGAUGCCAAAAAGUGAGGGAGACCUUUCUGUGCAGUCAACAGUUCCUAAGGACAUUUCACCAACAGACUAUCCAGGUGUUUCCGUGGAUAAGAUUACACCUGCAGAAGUAAAGGAACACGAUUGGUUACAAUCGGAUCCUUCUCUACAUCUUCAGACUGAAACUGCUACAGAGUCUGGUUUUCCCAAACUGGAAGUGAAAUCUGAAAUUCAGGAAGCUGAAUGCAUCCAUACUGCAGAAGAGAAGAAAAUGGAGAAACUAGAAAUAUGGGGAAGUGACAGUGCACGCAGCAGCCCGGAAGGAGAGCAGAAAUCUCCUUUAGAGGUUGGGAGCCACUCUGCGAGUGAGACUGAAUCAAUCAGCUCAUGUAUACAAUCUGCCAUUGAAUCAACUCCCUGGGAUCCAGCUUCCUACCAAUCGCAAUAUUAUUUGGAAAAGGAUUCUGCAGUUCCAACGCCGGAAUCCUCUUCAACCAAGUCAUCUCCACCAAAGGAUUCACUCACUGAAAAGGUAGAGACAGGGAUUGUAAGCGAACACCAGUAUUCCUCCAAUGGAGAUGACAAGGGAGAAGUUUCCAGUGAGCUUGAUUACUCUUGGACUACUGGGAAAAGUCCUGAAUCUGAGCACGUUGGAAUAUUUGAAAGGAAACCAGGUCCACACCAGGAGCUGAAGCCUUCGGUCCCAUCUCCUCCCGAACCUGCAGUUUCCUGGACUGGCACAGAGCAGCCCGUUCCUGCUGUUUCAUUGACAGGACGGGUGGCUGAAGAAAUAAUCAAGGAACCAACUGUGGAAAGCUUCACAACAGGAGAGAAGCAACAGGAAGGUCUUGCAGACGACGCUGUGUUUAAAGACAGGGAGCAAUCCCUGGAGCAAGAGGACAUGUAUCCUCCUCCUGGUGGGUAUGAGUACACAGCUAUUUUGAGAGAGAGUGAGGCUGAGAGUUCCAGCAAGUCAACACACCAUCCACUUGAAGCGUUAGGAGAUCCAUUGCUGCUGUUAGAUUCCCGGAAAGAAACUGGUCCCCAUCCCGUCACAGAAGUAGACUCCAGGACCACGCUGGAAGAUAUUUCAUCAAAAUCCCCUGACACUGGCAGGAAAGCCUUCACCUACGCCGAGAUCGAUGAGAAAGUCACUGCUCUAGGCCUUGAAAACCUGGCAAAGUCUCGGAGGGAAAUGGAAUCGAAAGGUUUUGACUAUCUCUCCCAGGAGAGAGAGCUGCCCUUUGAAAUGGCCUGGGACGCUGGAAAGGGCAUAGCACCCACCCAAAAAGACCUGUCACCUUGUAGCUUUUCAGCAGAGGAACCGACAACGCAGUCUCCGCUUUCGGAAGGCGAGCUGAGAUCUGAAGGGUCGGUUCAUUAUACAGAAAUUCCGGGCCUGCAUGGACCUCCAUCUCCAAUGUUGAAAGAAACCCCGUUGAGUGUGUUGGGACAGGAUAAAGGCAGGGAACUCAGUGAGUCGACAAUGGUAGCUGAGAAGGAUGGACAAACCAGAACAGACUCAGUCCAUCAUCCUGCUUGGCUCGAAGAGAGAGAGAGCCCAGCUCAAAGCAUCGCAGAUUCAAAACACAGGUCCACCCCAUCUCUGCCUUACACUGAGAUUUCCCAGUUAGACAUCAGUGCUCUGGGGAGCGGUGUCGAACCCACAUCGAUAAGGCCAAGGGAGCCAGAUUCCAAUGUCCUGGGCUAUUACGAGAAGGAAGUCGACGAAAGCAGCAGUGACUCGGAGCUAGAGAAAGGCGCCAAAGAGAAAUCCGAGAAAGAAUCUCCAUCAGGCAAAUCUCACCAAGAGAAGGAGCGGGGCACUUCCUACUCGGAGGUGCAGGAAGUGGGUGGGAUCACUCCGUGUCCCAGUGUUGACCAGCAGCCCUGGGCCCAGACCCUGAGUACAGUGGGUAGUGCCCGCCAACAAGACGAUGGCGAGGAGACCCAGAAGGAGCAGCAGCUACCGAAGUCCGAGAAAGAACAGUUCACUUUGAGCCGUGAGGAAAAGGACAUCUGGUGCCCCAGCGAUCCCGCGAGCUUCCCCCAUGGGCUGGAUACUCAGGGCCGCGACACAGGGCAUCAAGAGCAAUCCAGGGCCCGGCUGGAAAUGUCCCCCUUGGCAGAGCCCGAACGCAGUGUGCCACCUGAAGAGGUAGGGAAAGAUCCCGAUAAAGCCAGACUCCAGGAGGGACAGUCUACGGAAAAGCAGCUGAUGCCAGAUGCAUGCGUUCAUAGUCUGGAUCAGGAAUCUCCUGGAGCUAUUCCACACUCUGCAUCCACUGAGCCAUGGACAACUGACCCUGACAGGGUAAAGCAUUCCGGGCCUCUGUUUGAAUAUUCCUCCUUUAUGGAAGAGAGACCGUUCUCGGGAGCGCCGUUACAAGACGGCGGGAUAAAGGAUGAGUACUUGGAGGUGUCACCCAAAGGUGAAUCUCAGGCGUUACCCCUGAGUCCGUUCCUGGAGAGUAAACCAUUCCCACCGCCAGCUCCGGCGGAGCUGAGCAGUGAAAGCUUGUGGAAGGAAUCUUCAGCGGCUCCCUGUGCCUCAAUUCAGCUCCAACAAGACUCAGCAUCCUCCCAGCAGCCUCUCCCUCCUUCUGGUACCCCCUUGCUGUUGCCAGGAAUCCCCGGUGAAGCCAAGGGCAGGAGCCUGGAUGAGGUUUCUCCCCUGGUUCCAGCGGGUGAGGCAGUCUCCCAGCCCGUGGAAGCGGAGGACCCUCAGCCUCUGUCUGUGGAGCACGGCUCGGCCUACCUGUGCGACAUUGAAGACUCCACACUGUCCUGCAGGGUGGAGUGUCACAGGUCGGAGGCCCCACCCUCCGCCCCUGAAUCCAAACCAGAGAAGGAAGCGGUAGCUUCCGACACCAGGCAGCCACCAGAGGAGCGCGCGGUCUCUGAAACGGCGCUGGCUCAGCCACUGACCCUGUUCCAACCUCCUCCCCCAACCCAACACAGCCCAGCCACCAGCAACGGCCCAACGGAGAUGAGCUUCGGUCCCCUGUUGGCAGCUGGCACUCCGGAGAAAGACCAAGACUCCUUUAGCACCUCCGCACUGUCGGACGAGAAGAGCAGCCCAGCUUCCGAGAUCAGCAAGUCCUGUUCCGAGGAUGAGAUGGAGUGCCUGGUCCGGCCGUCCUCUCUAACCUCCGCCGACCAGAGCUUCCGACCAUUUUUGCCAGAUGCCCAGAGGGGCAGGAUGGCGGGUGACCAGGGGGACGCUGCCCACGAGCUGGAGGGAUGCCCGGGGGUGAUGUCUGACCACAGGCUGGCCUUCACCUCGGGUGAGUACAAACACCAGAAGGACGAACUCUCGCCCUCGUUCAUCAACCCCAGCCCCCACGAGCUGUCGGACGAUGACGAUGGCCACUCCCAGGAUGAUGUCCGUACCUCUGUCCAGAAGCACUGCACCCCCCAGCCCUUAGGCAGUCAUGUGACCCUGGGCGAGGAGACCCCGCCCACCUCAGGCAGCGAAUCCUUCCCCUUGAAUUCGGACUCUGACGUCCCGCCUGAAACGGAGGAGUGUCCCUCCAUCACCGCCGACGCCGCCAUUGACUCUGACGAGGAUGCGGAUUACCUUCCCGUCGAUAAGACCACCAGCUCGGCUCACCAUGCGUCCGCGCGGCCUGCCCUCGACCCACCACCUGCUCCCCUGAUGGACCCUCAGCCUCACCCCCCGCAGCCCGACGUCUGCAUGGUCGAUCCCGAGGUCCUGGCCAACGAGCAGAACAUCAGCAAGGCGGAGAGGCUGCUGAAGAAGGACAUGAAGGACAAAGUCAAGAGCACGAAGAAAAUGAUGAACAAGUCGAAGUCGGCGUCCCCUGGGCGGAAAGCAGACUCGAAGGGGAAGCAGACGGCGGCCCCAGCCAGACCGUCCCCGGCAAAAGACUCGACGGAGAAAUCACCAAAGGCGGCGUCAACAAAGAAGAAGGAGAAAGACCCGUCCGAUAAAGUCCGAGCCUCCCGAGCGAGUGACGUUCACUCAUCCCGGGUCGAUGACCGCGACGACAUCUCUAGGUCUAGCCAACCCAGCACUGGCAAGGCCAUGGUCAAUGGGGUCAAGUCCAAUUCAGCUUCCACCAACGUCAAGCCCAGCUCUGGAGUGCCCCCAGGCCCUCCAGUCUACGUGGACCUGGCCUACAUUCCCAACCACUGCAGCGGGAAGAAUGUAGACCUGGAAUUCUUCAAACGCGUCCGAUCCUCCUACUACGUGGUGAGUGGGAAUGACCCCGGAAGUGGGGAGCCGAGCCGAGCUGUGCUGGAUGCCCUUUUGGAUGGAAAGGCCCAAUGGGGGAGCAAUCUUCAGGUGACGCUAAUACCGACCCACGACACAGAAGUGACACGGGAGUGGUACCAACAGACCCAUGAACGGCAGCAAGAGCUAAACAUCAUGGUGUUGGCCAGCAGUAGCACAGUGGUAAUGCAGGACGAGUCAUUCCCAGCUUGUAAGAUUGAAUUCUGAGCUCCCCCAUCUCCAGUCACCCUGCUUGCCAACCUGAUGAAGGAACCCUGCUUUGUCAUUCCCUUCUCAUCUUCCUACACUAAUUUUUCUUUUUAAACUAAAGUUAAAAGUGCAUUUUAAGGCUAGAUUUGCAGCUUAAUGUUAAGGAAAGGAAUCAAAAUGAGCGUGACCGUCUCCAUGAAGAGGGGACUAGUUUGGAGACUGAUUUGCUACUAGGGGAAUCCUUUUACUGUGGAUCAUCCAAUAGACGUUACUGUUUCUGCACAUUUGAAGAUUGGAGCUGGGACACCAUUGGAAUAAUUAGUUUAUUCUACAUUCAUUGCAUGGUUUCUUAGAAUUGGAAGGUCGUCUGGUUAACUUAAGAUGAUUGUCAGGUCUUGCCUCCAAGUGGACAGUGUCUAAAUUGAUGAUUAUGUUUGCAGGUUAAGGGGUUUUGAGGAACGUACUUUUUAAGAGCGCAUUUUGUAUGAAAAGAAAAUGUCGCAUUCUAAGCUCAGACAAAACCACACCUUCCAUUACCAGAGCAGCGUCCAAACUGUUCUCUACCCUCGAACUUCGGUCCGUUCAAAAGCAGGUGAUGAAAAUGCGUGAGGUAAG